AUUUGAAGUAUCCAGAAUGGAGAAACAAAAGAUUUGUCCAAAGCAAGCUUAUGGUGGCUUGAAAUCAUUUGCUAUUUCGAUGAAGCCUAGUCUUCAGAUUAUGAUUUUGCUAUUAGUCUGGCUGCUGGGCUUUUUUAUCAGGAUUUUUUCUGUUAUUCGAUUUGAGAGUAUCAUUCAUGAGUAUGACCCCUGGUUCAAUUACAGAGUAACUAAAGUAUUGGUCGAGCAUGGUCCAUACAAGUUCUGGAACUGGUAUGAUCAUGAAAGUUGGCACCCUCUUGGAAGACCUGUUGGCCCAACAGUCUAUCCUGGCCUAAUGGCCACUGCAGGGCUGUUCCACUGGUGUGCACAUGCCAUUGGAUUCCCAGUGGAUAUCAGAAAUGUGUGAGUGUUCAUCGCCCCUAUAUUCUCAGGAUUUUGAGCGGCAGCAACUUAUUUAUUUACUAAAGAGUGCACUCAUAGAGAAGGACCUGGACUAUUUGCAGCUAUCUUCAUUGCUAUUGUUCCAAGUUAUAUCUCAAGAAGUGUAGCAGGCUCUUAUGACAAUGAAGGAGUUUCCAUUUUUGCUUUAGUGCUGGUCUUUUACUUGUGGAUUAAAUCUGUGAAUACAGGCUCUAUACUUUGGUCAAUGGCUUGCUCACUAAGCUAUUUCUACAUGGUUGCUGCUUGGGGUGGUUAUAGCUUCAUUAUCAAUAUAAUCCCUAUCUAUGUCCUUGGAUUGAUAUUCAUCAAGAAGUUCAACAUGAGGGUGUACAUCGCUUACAGUGUCUUCUACGUAAUGGGAUCUCUUCUAGCAAUGCAGAUUCAGUUUGUCAAUUUAGCAGUAGUAAAAUCAUCAGAACACCUUGCUUCACAUGGUGUCUUCUUUAUUGUUCAGGGAUAUGUACUAGUUCAAUGGUUCAAGGCGAAAUUAACUCAGGAGCAAUUUGAGAAAUACUCUAAACUUAUUCUAACAUAUUCAACAAUAGGAUUUGCUAUGGUUUUCGCAUAUGCCUCUUUGACUGGGGUGACAAGAUGGAGUGGAAGAUCAAUGACUUUGUUAGAUCCAUCCUACGCCAAGAAGUAUAUUCCAAUAAUUGCAUCUGUAUCAGAACAUCAGCCUUCUUCUUGGGCAACUUUCUACACCGAUGUAAAUGUUCUCGUGAUCUUCAUGCCUGUCGGGUUGUAUUUUUGUUAUAUCAAACCAACAUAUGGGAUGCUAUUCUGUGCUCUUUAUGGAAUUCUUUCAGUAUACUUCGCUUGUGUCAUGGUCAGGCUUAUGCUGGUAUUUGCUCCGGCAUGUUGAGUCCUUGCUGGAAUAGGAACUUCAGAAGUAAUCACUAGACUUAUCAAAUCAAUCAAACAAGCCUUUAUUGAAGAAGUUCAAAGCGAAGAGCAACAAAUUGAGGAAGAGAAACAAGAAAAAAUCACCGAAAAUGAUCAGAAAAAGGAGAGCAAAAAGGGAUCAAAUCAACAAAAGAACAGUCAAAGUGCCAAAUCCAUAUCUAAAUACCCAUUCAUAGCUUCUACAGUCCUCUUGGUUGUUGUUGCCUACUCUCUAUGAACUUAUGUAUUCCACUCGACGUAUAUAUCAGCUGAGGCUUACUCUUCACCCUCUAUUAUAAUGUCUGCAAGGAGGGAAAAUGGAGAAAAGUUUCUGAUAGACGACUACAGAGAAGCUUAUGACUGGAUUAGGCAAAACACUGACCCAGCAGACAAGAUCAUGUCUUGGUGGGAUUAUGGAUACCAGAUCACUGGUAUGGCCAAUAGAACUGUGCUUGCAGAUGGAAAUACUUGGAACAACACUCAUAUAGCAACUAUUGGGAAAGCCUUUGCCAGUACAGAGGAAGAAGGCUAUAAAAUAGCCAGACAUCUAGACGCAGACUAUGUAUUAAUUAUCUUUGGAGGCCUCAGUUUUUACUCAGGUGAUGAUGUUUCCAAAUUUAUCUGGAUGAUUAAGAUAGCUCAAGGGGUUUACCCUGAAAUUGUGGAAUCAAAUUAUUUCUCAAACGGACAGUAUAGGAUAGAUAACCAAGCAUCUGACACAAUGAAGAAAUCGUUAAUGUUCAGACUUGCUUAUCAUAGAUUCAAUGAAGUUUCAAUGGGAUUCCAGCAUCCAAGAGGCUUUGAUACAGUCAGAAAUAUGGCUGUUGAUUCCACUCCUAUCAAACUGAAGUAUUUCACUGAAGUUUAUACCACCGAAAGAUGGAUGUUGCGAAUAUAUAAAGUCAAUGAAGACCCUAAUAGGGAUGACAAGCUUGAGAGAUCUAUACUAUAA